AAAUCCUGUAUUGAAUAUAUUGCAUAAUAAUGCUGAUGUUUGUAUAACAAAAAAAAACCCACAAAGACAUUGUUAAAAAAAAAAAUUAAGAAGUGCGUGACAAAUUCCAAAGUUUACGAGGAGAGCUUGAACGCACCACCGUGUUAAUAACUAGCUGUGUUGGAGUUGUGUUCAGGAGCUGACAGUAGACCGUGAAGUAAACGCUCACGUGUGAGAAAACGGGAGGACUGCAGUCCAAAAAUGUCCUACUAGUCCAAUAAUAAUCUAUUUUUCUACUUUACAUGACUUCACUAUAGUUGACAGUUUAAUUGCUUUACCUGUGCAGCAGCAUCCUUCAUAAAGUUACUAUACUUCUGCAGCCAUGCAGCAGGAGCUUCUGUUUAAAGUCCUGGUCAUCGGAGACCUGGGAGUUGGGAAAACGUCCAUCAUCAAGCGGUACGUGCACCAGAUCUUCUCCCAGCACUACCGAGCCACCAUCGGGGUGGACUUCGCCCUGAAGGUGCUGCAGUGGGACAACGACACUGUGAUCCGGCUGCAGCUGUGGGACAUAGCAGGACAGGAGCGGUAUGGGAACAUGACUCGUGUCUAUUACCGGGAGGCGGUGGGAGCUAUGGUGGUGUUCGACGUGACGAGGGCCUCCACGUUCGACGCCGUGCUGAAGUGGAAGGAUGACCUGGACUCCAAGGUGACCCUGAACCAUGGGAGGCCAGUUCCAGCUGUACUCUUGGCCAAUAAGGCCGACCAGCUGGCUUCCCAGCAGCCCAGACUCGAGUCCUUCUGCAGGGAGAACGGCUUCGUCGGCUGGUUCGAGACCUCUGCAAAGGAAAAUGCCAACAUCGAGGAGGCGGCGCGCUGCUUGGUGGAGCACAUCCUGAACAACGAGGAGAGCCCGGUGGCAGAGCGAGACCCCAGCUCCAUCGUCCUGUCUGGAUACACCAACACCACCAAGGAUCCUUUCAACUGCUCGUCAUGUAUGAAAUGGUGACUCCGGACCAAUCACAGACAACCAGGAAGUGAACAGCUGUGAGGCCACAGCCACAGAGAUAAGUUUGGCUCAGGGACUGUUUGUAAAAGAAAUUGCUUCAUGCCAUAGUGAUUAAUGAAGAAAAAAUGGAAAACAGGUAGAGAGCUUUGUACCAGUAUUCAUGGGCUGUGUUCACACUGCAGGCCAACAGGAUAUCUGGAGCACAAAAGAUUGAGCUCUGAUGAAAUUAGAUCCUUUAGAAAGCCUUAAGUUUUGUAAAAAAAAAAAAAAAAAUCUUAAAUUGUUAAACGUUUAAUGUGUCAGACUUUUUCUUUUACGAUUUAUAUUUCACAAACUAUGGAAAAAAGAUUGUUUCAUCUUUUUUUGCCACUGAAAUUGUACAUGUACAGUAUUAUUUUUUCUCUUUGAGGUAUUAAAAGAUAUUUAAAGUAGUUACAUUUGCACAUGAAAAGUGCACAAUUUCUGUUACACUCUAUGAUGUAACCCAUAUACAGUAUAUUAUCAAUAUGUACACUUUUUGUACCUAUGCUUCUCUUCUUCUCUCAAGCUAGCUGUCUCAUAUCAUUACAACCCUAA